UUCACCCAGCUAGGCCAUGGCUUCAUGCUUCUUGGCCUCUAAAGAAAAUGGCAGAAACGUCAUCGGAGCCUUCUGGGCAGCUCGUUGUACACUCAGACACUCACAGUGACACUGUUCUGGCCAGUUUUGAGGCUCAGCGGAAGAAGGGCUUCCUCUGUGACAUUACAUUAAUCGUAGAGAAUGUGCAUUUCCGGGCUCACAAAGCCUUACUCGCUGCCAGUAGUGAAUACUUCUCAAUGAUGUUUGCUGAAGAGGCGGAGAUCGGCCAGUCCAUUUAUAUGCUGGAAGGCAUGGUUGCCGACACAUUUGGAAUCCUGCUGGAGUUUAUCUACACCGGUUGUCUCCAGGCCAGCGAGAAAAGCGCAGAACAAAUCCUGGCCACCGCUCAGUUCUUAAAGGUCUAUGACCUGGUAAAGGCUUACACGGAUUUUCAAAAUAAUCAUAGCUGCCGAAAGCCAACAACUCUGAACACUGCUGGCGCUCCAGUGGUGGUGAUUUCUAAUAAGAAAAAUGGUCCUCCGAAACGGAAGAGGGGAAGACCGAGAAAAGUGAACAGUGUGCAGGAGGGGAAAUCACAGCUGGCUGCAGAGGAAGAAAUACAGCUGAGAGUAAACAAUUCAGUUCAAAAUAGACAUAACUUUGUAGUGAAAGGGGGAGACAAUGGCAUACUGAAUGAACAGAUUCCAGCGAAAGAAAUGGAAGAGGCUGAGCCUGCCUGUGAGCCACGUAGAGGGGAGGAAACGCCAGCUGAAAAAGAUGAGAACUGUGAUCCCAAGACCCAGGAUGGGCAGGACAGCCAGAGUCGGUACAGCAAGCGCAGGAUUCGGAGGUCCGUCAAACUUAAAGAUUACAAACUUGUCGGGGAUGAAGACGAGCAGAGUUCAGCCAAAAGGGUCUGUGGAAAGAGAAAGCGCCCGGGGGGCCCUGAGGCCUGUUGUAAGGACUGUGGCAAAGUGUUUAAGUACAAUCACUUUUUGGCAAUCCACCAGAGGAGCCACACGGGGGAGCGACCUUUCAAAUGUAAUGAGUGCGGGAAAGGCUUUGCCCAGAAGCACUCCCUGCAGGUCCACGCCCGGAUGCACACAGGCGAGCGGCCCUACACCUGCACCGUGUGCAGCAAGGCUCUCACCACCAAGCACUCGCUGCUGGAGCACAUGAGCCUGCAUUCAGGACAGAAGUCUUUCACCUGUGAUCAGUGUGGAAAAUAUUUCAGCCAGAAAAGACAACUAAAGAGCCAUUACCGAGUUCAUACAGGCCACGCAUUACCGGAAUGCAACCACUGCCGUCGCAAAUUCAUGGAUGUGUCUCAGCUAAAGAAGCAUCUACGAACACACACAGAACAGCUCCUGGGUCCCAGACACCGCUCUCCCUAGGUGCUGAGGCUGCAGCAGUGAAUGAGGUGGCCAGAGCCCCUGCUGUGGACCAGGGAAGACAAGGAAAAAUGACUCCAUAGCAUGUUAGGUGGGAGUCAGUGCUCUGAAGAACUAAACGCAGGGUAAGGGGGCAGGAUGUGGGAAGGGGAGCUGCCCUUUUCCGUGGGGACUUGUCUGAGAAGGCCUCACAGAUGGGGGGACACCUUAGAGAUCUGAAUGCUCUGGGGAGCGAGAACAGCCGUUGUGGCUGCUCAGGGGAAGAGCAUCCCAUGCAGAGGGAACAGCAGGUGCAAAGCCCUGAGACACAGAGUUUCCACCUUGCCAGAGAAAUGCCAGGAGGCAGUUGUGACCGAGCCUGAGCCAGGGUGGUGGGCAUCAGAAGAGCAGAGGCAACUGGUUGGAAUCUGUAACAUAGGCCUCUCAGCCGAGCUGCCGAGGCUCGGGCCUCAAUCACCUGAGAAGCUUUAAAAAAGAAAAUGCCUGGUCCCAACCCCAGAGAUUCUGAUUGAAUUAACCUGGGGUAGAGCCUCGGAACUGCUCUGUGUAAAAAUUUCCUCAGUGAUCCUGGUGUGCACUCAGGCUUCAGAACGUUGGAGGCCACGGGGGAGACUGGAUUUUUGUUCUGAGCGAGAAGACUUUAUCGAGAGCAGUGAGAUGAUAGGACUUAGAAUUUUAAUAGGAUCAUCCCAGCGUCGUGUGGGGUGGGGGGAGCCACAGGUGGAGAGACCCAUUAGGAGGCUGUUGCAGUAAUCGGGGGCUCGUACAGUGUGGUGGCCGUGGAAGUGGUCACCAGUGGCCCUGUCCAGAUAGAUUCUGAAGGAGUCUGUGUUCUUGGAAAGAAUGUCCAUGAUUUCAAACAUUUCGCUAACAGAAAGACUUUCUGAGAUUGUCAACCCAGAUGGCAUUGAAUGGUAGGGCGAACAUCGUUAGUAUGUUUCCGAAACGGAACUCGACACGACAAGCAGGUCCUCAGUCUUUGGAUCUGGAGGGGCAGCAAACACACUGAGGUCAGCGCGGGCCCCAGCUCUGGUUUGGGAGGCUGUGGAAGGAGAGCGCCAGUGGCCUGGUUUUCACCUCUGGAGUGGUAAGAGCUGCUGAUGCAGAGACUCCCAACUCACCCAAGCUGCCACCAGCAUCCUCCGCCUAGAUGGAACCUGGAAAGAUGUCUAGGGUGACUUUUCCAGGAGAGGCUAUGAAAGGGAGGCCGCACUUCAAACUGCACCUGUCCCCAGCCGUUACCUAGUUAAGCGGGAUUUCAUUCUCUCUUUUCUUUAAAUUCAUAGCUCCCUUGCCUGCGUGAGGACCACUUAACUUUUGUUUCCAGAGGACAUGACAGUCUAUCGGUUGUAUGUGCAGCGUACAGACUAAUGCUGAAUAAACGGUUCUUGAAGCUUCAUGAAUUCCUAGUGGAGUCUGGAACAGUGUGUGGGCCUUAGUUUCCACCCUGUGAAAUUCAUUCAGUCAUCAGGGAUUUCUGGAACAGUGUGCCAGGCCUGAUUCCAGACACAGGGGUACUAGGAUUAGACGAGCCCACAAAGUCUCCUAAGAAUGGGGGAGAUGAACAGUAAACAACACGUAUAGUCUGUGAGGUGGGGCUAGCACUGUGGGGAGAAACGGACCCAGAGAAGGGGACUAAAGAGUGUUGGGGGGCGAGGGACGUGCUUUUGGUGGUGAUCAGGCCUCCUUGCUGGGAAAGUGACAUUUGAGCAGAGGCUUGAAGGCAGCACAGAGGGUGAACCGCCCUGGGAAUCCCCCAGGCAAGACGUGCUGGGGGAGGGAUGUUGGGUGCAGGAGCCCUGGCCAGGGCUUGCUCGGGGUAGGGUGUCCAGUGACUCUCCACAGGGCCCGUGAGCUGAGCAAUGAGCAAAGGGAGAGUGCCUGGUGAGGUUAGAAAAGUUUAGGGCAAGGACCCGGGGUGGGGGCGGGCAGACAGAUGUGUGAUGCCUCUAGGCCUAGGGCUUUGGUUUUUAUCUCCGGAUGAGAACAGGGAGCCUUUGGAGUGUUUGCAGCGGAAGUGUGAAAUGAUCAGACAGCCUACAGGGUCACUGUGGUUGCUGCUUUUAUUGUGGACAGCAGGGAAGCUGGAACAGAAAUGGGGAGACCCGUUCGGCUGCUGCAGGGACAGUGGCGGCCUGGACUGGGGGGUGGCAGCGAAGGUGGUGAGAUGUGGUCGGGUUCUGGAUACACUGCAAGGCAGACAUAAAUGUGAAUAAUAUGCAGGUCACCCUAGUGCACCGGUGUCCCCAGGAAGGUCAGGUACGAGAGUUAUCUCAGGGUGGACCGUACGGGAGUAAAUGUGGUGUUCUUUUGUUUACUGUGUAUAAUCAUCUACCUCCUUGUUUCAGUUUUUAAGGGAAGGAACCAUAUCUUACACUUUCUCUGUAUCCUCUUGGCACUCAGCAUACAGUGCUUAGGUACAUAGUAGGUGUUUGGUAAGGGCUUCAUUCAUUCAUGCUCAUUAAGGAGUCAAGUGGUAUUGCCUUUUUUUUUCUUAAUACUGUGAAAAUGUGGGGUGAUUUUUGCUUUUCACUUUGUGUUGGAUAUAUAUUUCUAAACAGUGUCCC